CUUCCUUCUCUGUCACCGCCAGCCUCCACACACCUCAACACCUCGUCGGCACGGAACACCGCCCAAGUCAAGAGUCAACCAACCCAACCACCGAUCUCCGUCCGUCCACCAUGGGAGCCGGCCAGGACCCGGAGGCCGGCGCCGGCGACGGCGGCGAGAAGAGGCUGGCCCACUCCUCCUCCUCGGGCCCGCUCCCGCCGUCGGAGCCGCCGCACCUGCGGGGCCAGGACCCCGCCCAGUACCAGUACGGCACCUUCCACCCCCCGGCCCCCCACCCCGACGUCCGCCCCCACCCGCCCGUCGGCUUCCCCCGGCCCGGCCCGCCCGUCGGCUUCCCUCAGCCCGCCCCGCCCCCCGGCUUCUCCGCCGGCGGCUACCACCAGCAGCAGCAGCCCUACGCGCCCGCCGACCCGUAUUACUCCCAGGGGUACCAGACCGGCCCAGGCACAGGUUAUGGUCCUGUUGUUCAAGGAAGGCCCGUUGAAGGCAGACCCAUGAGAAUGCGGCCCCUUCCAUGCUGUGGGCUCGGCAUGGGUUGGCUUCUGUUCAUUGCCGGGUUCUUCUUGGCUGCCAUUCCGUGGUAUAUUGGUGCUUUCAUCCUAAUCUGUGUCCGGGUGCAUGACCACAGAGAGAAACCAGGAUAUGUUGCCUGCACUGUUGCUGCUGUAGUUGCGGCCAUUGUUAUACCCCUUGGAGUAACGAAAGGAACAGACACAUGGUGAUCUGCCACCAGGUCGUGGCAGGCCGUUCUGUUCCUGAAUAUGAGCAAUUGUUAUUUGGGGCCCAGUUACAUAGUAAGUUACAGAGUCUGCUGGUUGUAUUUCAUGUAUGAGUGUGUCUUGUAUAGGUAUGUGUACAGUAAAAAGAGUGGUGCUGCAUCGAUGAUUCGGCAUCCUCUUGUAUCGAUACUUGAUACUUCUGCUGUGUAAUAAAGCUCGAAUGUACAACACAAUAUCUUUCUCGCCUCUUUCAAAUUCAGUACUACGAGUUAUAUCAUUUUA